AACUUGUCCAUCCAUAACUUGGACGUUCCUCCCCGCAACACCAAUUCGUUUCACACAUAAACCAGGCACUAUUAGACAGCGUCGAUUUCGUGACUUUCAAAGUUUUGCGUUUCAAUUCCUAUAUAUAAAUUACAGAAGCUACGCGCAGUCUCUCACGGCCGCUAUGUCCGGCAAAUCUCGGUGGGCCGACACCGAAGAAGACGCCCGUAUCGACGCCAAACUCAAGGAAGAAAAGCGACGUAGGAAGGCAGAAAAGGCUCGAAAGCUUGAAGAAGAGAAGAAAGCACAAGAAGCUGCACAGAAAAAGGUGCUCCAACUUGACGAUGACCGGCCCUCGAAGCGACGUAGGAUCACCCCCGAACCAGGCGCAAACCAAGAAGACAAGGCACCUCCAGCGAAGCUAUUGCGGUUUCCAGCGGGCACCUGGGGGAAGUGCAGAAGCGUUGAGAAUUAUGAGAAGCUAAACGAUAUCGAGGAGGGGACUUAUGGCUGGGUUGCGCGGGCGACAAACAAAGCUACAGGAAAGGUUGUCGCGCUCAAGAGGUUGAAGCUGGAACCUCAAGAUCGAAACGGUCUCCCCGUCACAGGCUUGCGCGAAAUACAAAUAUUGAAGGAUUGCCAACACCGGAAUAUUGUCACCAUGGAAGAGGUUGUUGUAGGGGACGACGUAUCACGGCCAGACAACUCUUUAUUCCUCGUCCUCGAAUUCGUCGAACACGACCUAAAAUCCAUUCUUGAUGAUAUGCCCGAGCCAUUUCUCUCUUCCGAAGUAAAGCGCCUCCUAUUACAGCUUACAUCAGGCAUCGCAUAUCUCCAUGACAACUGGAUUCUACAUCGCGACCUCAAAACCUCUAAUCUCCUCCUUAACAAUCGUGGCCAGUUGAAAAUUGCCGACUUUGGUAUGGCCCGCUAUGUUGGCGAUCCUCCCCCGAAACUCACACAACUCGUCGUCACUCUUUGGUACCGGGCUCCGGAGCUACUACUUGGCGCAAAGACAUACGAUGCGGCGGUAGACAUGUGGAGUGUGGGCUGUAUCUUUGGCGAGCUGAUAACCCGGGAACCUCUUCUUCAGGGUAAGAAUGAAGUCGAUCAAGUCUCGCGCACCUUCGAGCUCUGUGGUGUUCCCACAGAAGAGACAUGGCCUGGAUUUCGUCGUCUCCCCAAUGCACGCUCAUUGCGACUUCCUAAGACACAAGUUGCUACCGGAUCUGUCAUUCGCGCUCGCUUUCCUGGCCUCACUACCGCAGGCGCCAGCUUGCUGGGUGAUCUACUAUCACUUGACCCCGAAAGAAGACCAUCGGCGAGUGAGAUGCUCCAGCACGAGUACUUCCGACAGGACCCAAAGCCUAAACCAGAGAGCAUGUUCCCAACGUUUCCUAGUAAGGCGAACCAGGAACGGCGAAGGCGUGCAGAGCCUCAUGCCCCUGUGCGCGGUGGACAGGCUGCGUCGCUGGGCGAUGCUGACUUCAGUGGCAUUUUUCAGGGGCGGGAUAAAGAAGAAAGGGGGGCAGGGUUUCAGUUGCGUAUGGUUUAAGUUCAUGUGCACCUAAGGUUUGCGUAAAUUCCAACGUUCUUCCUGGGAGGCGAAAGAAGCCAUCAACGUCUACCACGACAUGUGGAAAUAGACUCGAAGCACAUAUGUAAUUGAUUCUCUAGGCGGGUUAACCUUACUAUAGGGUUGAACGCAUACAAGAACCUUAAUGGACGACCACAGAUACAAGAUUCAAGAUUCAGGACAGGGGUUAUCUGAAGACAAACUCGCUGCAAUCGGUAACCAAGGACCGACGAGAUUAAUAUGUAUAUAGUAGAUAAGAUCAUUAAAUGAUUUCAACUCAUUUCGACCACCUGAUUAAUCAUAAGCAUCCAAACCGGGGAUCUCCCUGUUCUUGCGAGGUGACUUCACCACAGCGACAUCCGUCUGCCAACGCCCUCACCAAACUGUGAAAUAUCCUGAUGAAAAGUGAAACAAUAAUCAAUAAACAUUUUUCUCCUUCUGAUGCUUGCCUGCCCAUAACACCUCCAAUAAUAAUAACUCCUAAGAUCAGUUGAAAAAAAAAAAAAAAAAAUAACACUGAAUACUUUGACUAGUUGUUGCAGAUAUCACAGUUCCACUGGGGAUAGGGUGUGUAGGCCGCGGGUGUGUACAUGCCAAACUGGAAGGUCUUCUCAACUUGCAGAUAGCCAGGAGAGGGCAGGUCGGUGAUGGCCGAGUCAGAAUCCUUGAUGACCAGAGUGUACAUGCCGACCACGAGAGGAGCAUCGGGGUCGUUGGCCUGCUUGCUGGUGUCCCAGACAAAGGUGGGGUUGGUCGCAAAAGUCAUGUUGGCAGUGAGAGUGUAUGUCUCGCCGGCGGAAGACUGGCUGACGAGGACAUCGAUGGCGGUUGGUGUGCCCUCAAGCGAGGUGUAGUUCCAGCCAAAGGUGGCGUAAUCACCAAUCUUGAAGAGAGGUGUAGGGACAUACAUGGUAUCGGGAAGUGUCAUGCUCACACCACCAGGCUGAACAUCAGCAGAGAAGGUUGUGCGCUUGGGUGCAGAUGUUCCAGUUUUGGUGCCAGACUUCUUCUUGCCUGUCUCGGUAGCGGUCUUGGUGUUCUCUGCAGUUCCGGUCUCAGUUCCUGUCUCGACUUUGGCGGUGUUCAAGUUGGUCUGCUUGGCGCUGUUCUUUCGGGUACUUGAAGCCUCUCCAUCACCGGUUUUGUCCUGACGAGCCUUGAUAACGCCGGUCUCCUGUGGCACUAUGAGGAGUCAGUAAAAGGGGUUGUUUAUGGGUGAGAAGAGUCAGCGUACUGGCUUCAUGUGCAACGCGUCGGACAACAACAGAAUCGGCAGGAGGAAACCAGUUAGGCCAUGCUGCCGCUAGAGGGGCAAGAGAGGAGAGGCAGACAGCCAGCUGAAGGAGGUUCGAGGUGGGACGCAUGAUGAGAUCGUUGGUGGGUUUGAGAACGAAAGGGGGUCGAGAUGAAGUCAGGCGGACCACAGCGGCUGUGGUUAGUGAUUAAUUGAUGAGUGAGUCUUGAGUGCCGAUGAUGAUGUUGUCGAUAUUGAUUGAUUAUAUUCCAAGAGAUGGGUAGAUCGUUUGUAACUAGAUGUCGAUACUGGAAGAUGCCAAGCGUGUCCAAAUCGACGAGCGAACGAAGGGUGAAGCGUAUAGCGAAGGUAGAGGAGAAGUAGCAAAAUGCGAGAAACAACAAGGGUCGAUGAAACGAUGGCUACGACGAUCUGCUGCUAGUCUCAAAAACGCUGGAAUUGAUCGAUCUCAAAGAUAACGAGAGUAAAAAGCGAGAGGUGGACAAGAAAUCAACAGAGCAAAAAAGAGGGAUCAGAACAGAACAGGGGAAAGCGUUGGCGUUAUGUUGGGUUGGCCCAGCAGGAGGAGCAAGGGGUUGGUCUUUGGCACAUGCUUCACUAGGA